UAUGACGCGUCAGUAAAUCCUCCAAAGAAGAAACUAGCGGAAAUGUGGUCUUCCGGUGUCCUUGUACUACGACUGACGUGGGGAGAAGAUGUACCGACACAUUCAAGCGCUUCAGCAUGUGUCGCGGCGGACGCUGAGCAGCAGCGCCCGCAGGCAGGUGGAAAACAAGGUCCCACAGAAGCAGAAGCAUUACCAGGAAGACAAUGGGAUUCCAAUUCAUUUGAAAGGUGGUGUCAGUGAUGCUAUCCUGUACAGAACAACAAUGGCACUCACUAUUCUGGGAUCUGCAUAUGUCAUAUAUGAACUGGUUUGUGCAGCUUUCCCUAAGAAGAAGGAGUGACUCCAGCUCCUGGGCUGACGUGUGCUACAAAACACCCUGUUAGUUGUAAAAAGUUGUCUCCAUGUCCUCAGGGGGUUGAUUUGUCCUGUCAUAAUGGUUUCUGUUUCAUGUUCAUGGGAUCAAUAUUUAUUUAUUUAUGGUAACUGAGGAUGAUUAAAUAUGCCUCUCAUAA